AUGGCGGCGUCGCCCACCACCGAGGGGAAGCGGGCGAGCUUUGACUCGUUCCAGUCGGCCCAUUCGGCGUCGCAGUCGCAGUCGCACGACGAGAACGGACACGGGGCGGCGGGCAGUGGGCCCGGCCCCUCGCCCGAGCAGCAGGCGCAGGAGUCUGAGCCCACCACCAUCGCCGCGGCCGAGGCCACCGUCACCUGCCCGCACUGCGACCAGCCGUUGCCGGCGUCGCUGCUCGCGACGCACAAGCUCGGCGAGUCGUCGCGCCGCCCCCGCCGGCCGACCCUGUCGGCCAGUGCGUCCUCCCCCGCUGUGCCGGGCAGCGGCGCGGCCACGCCACACGGCGAGUCGGCCCCCGACCGGCCCGCAUCACGCCGCAGCUCGCUGCCCGGUGAGCCGUCGGGCACGAGCGAGUCGCUCAAGACGUCGGUCGACCAGGCGGACGCCUCGGAGACAGCGGCGUCAAAGAGCGCCAUCAGCGACGACGAGCUGCGGCGAUGGUCCAGCCUCGCCGGCGUGAGCUUGGAGCUGCCGAGCAAGGCGGACAAGCCGGCGCCGACGCCGGCGAGCCUUGCUGCUGCGAGCAGCAGUGUCAACGCAUUCCCGCUUCUCCCACCGCCCCCACCUGGCGCCGCAAAGGCACCAGCGUCCAAGCCCAGCCCUCGCGCCGCCGCAAGCACCUCGCGGUUUGGCUUCUUCGCGCGCAACAAGAGCAAGGCGGACAUUGACAGCGACGACGACUCGGACAGCGGCGGCGCAGGAGGCUAUGCGCGCCUCGCUGGGCCCGGGUCCGACGACGACGAUGACGACGACGGAUACGAGAGCGACAAGCCGUUCCCCAAGAAGUCGCCGGUAAAGGCUGAGCCGAGGGCCGAGGAAGAGGCGGCGGAGGCGGAGGCGGCGGCGGCCAAGCCACCACUGCCGGCGGCCGCUGCACCAGAACCCGCAGCUGCGGCUUCGCCUGCAGGCGCCGUGUCGACCGACGACAGCGAUCUGCGCACACUGCUGCGCGAAGUGCUUGGUCGUGUGCACACUCUGUCAAAAUCACACGCCGAGCUUGUCGAGUCGCACACGAGCCUCCUGACGUUGCUGAAAAUCGCACGCUCCAACCUCGUCAUGGCCGAAGCCAACACCGAGAUGCUCGAGGAGGAGCUGAAGCGCGCCAAGGCUGCGCAGCCGCGGUCGAGCGCUGCCGGCUCUGACCGGCCGUCAGGCGACGGCGGGCGGGGCAGGCCACCGAGCCUGCAGAUCCUCCCGAGCCCUGGUAUCUCGUCGAAGACCGAGAGCAAGGGGUUCGGGUUCUGGAACUCGGGCAACAAGAAGAAGGUGGUCGCCAGCAGCGCCGUGCAGUCGCCUACGUCGGGCGAGCCGGCGCAGACGCUCACGGUGCGCACGUCGACCGACAGCUCGGCGCCCCGCUCGCCCAUGUCCGAGGCGGCGGUUGCGGCGGAGGCGCCGCACGCAGCCGAGCUCAAGCGGCUCAGAGACGAGGCGGCGGCCAACCAGGCCAAGCUGGACAAGCAGGCCGACGAGCUCGAGGCGCUCAAGUACGGCAAGAAGGAGCUCGAGGCCGAGCUCGAAGGGCUCAGCCAGGCGCUGUUCGAGGAGGCGAACAAGAUGGUGUCGGACGAGCGCAAGCGCGUCACCGAGCUCGAGGAGAACCUGCGCGAGGUGAAAGACGAGCGCGAGGCCCUCCGCGAGACGGUCAAGGUGCUUGGCGGGCGGCUGGUCACACCGGCCCCGGGCACGCCCGUGAUCGGCGCCAACGGCGAGGACGGUGCAGAGCUGUCGCCCAACCUCGACAAGCACUACGCCGCGCUUCGCCGCAGCAUCCACCACGUCGUGAACGAGCCGACGCCGGGCACGUCGCCAGACGACAGCGAGGCCGAGGCGGCCGUCGAAGCCGUCGUCAAUGGCGCCGAUGCCGCCGACAAUGCUGCCGACGACACGCCAAAGAAGACGGCAGAGGAGAUCAUGCGCAUGGAUACCCCGAAACAGAGUCUCGAGACGGGGCCCAACCCGUGGGCAUAG